AUGGCGGACGAUCAAGAGCGGUCGUUUCUCGCUUGGUUCGCCCAGCAUGGCGGUUGGAUUGACUCCAGUCUUUCGUUGCAGAAGAUUCCUGGAAUGGGGCGCGGAUUGGUAGCUACUCGUCCUAUUGAGGAAAAUGAGCGUCUGUUUACGAUUCCUCGCUCGAUGCUGAUGAAUUUGGAUACAAGUGCCUUGCAAGCGCAAUGCGAAGCAGCAGAGGAGGCUAACCCGCCUCAGCAAGGACUUGCAUGGUCGGAUUUGGUCGCACGCGGAUGGUGUCCCCUUAUUUUAAUGCUGCUCUGGGAACAUUGGCGUGCAUCGACGCAAUCGUGUGAGGGUGGCAUGGAGUGGGGCGCUUACUUUGGCAUUAUGCCCGCUACGUUCUCUACGCCUAUGUUCUGGUCGUCUGACGAAUUGAAGGGUCUUGUGGGUACAGAUGUGGAAGACAAGAUCGGUCGUGAGGAUGCCGAGGCAGAUUACCGCGAAUGCGUUCUCCCCUACAUUCGACAAUAUGCCCAUGUGUUCCUCGGCGCCGAGGCUACGAAUGUCGAAGCAGGUAUCGCUACAUGGUACAGUGUGGACAUGUACCAUCGCAUGGGAUCCUCGAUUCUCAGUCGCAGUUUUCACGUGAAACGGGACUUGAGUGAGGCAGAGCCGGAUGAGGCUGAUAUUACCUCAGCGCCAGCGGAAGUCGCUGUCGUGCGAGCCAUGCCGCAGGAGGAUGAGCAUGAAAAUGAGGAGAGCGAUAACGAAGUGGACAUCGAUAUCGAUGACGAGAAUGAAAGUGAAGAGGAAGGCGAUGACGAGAAUGUGCGUGAUAUCUCGAUGGUGCCCAUGGCCGAUAUGCUCAAUGCCAAAUUUGGCUCGGAAAAUACCCGCUGCUUUUACAAACGUGAAGCCCUGGAAAUGCGGUGUACAAAGCCCAUCGCUGUGGGCGAGCAACUUCUGAAUACGUACGGCAACCCACCCAACAGUGACCUGCUGCGCAGGUAUGGAUUUGUAGACGAGCCGAAUCGUGGCGAUUUAGUGGAAAUCCCUGCAACCAUGCUGGUAGAAGCGGCUGCUGCCAAGCUUAUGAAAGCGACCGGCGCCGAUGAUGCGAGUGUGAUGAAUGUCCUUACCCCUCGCUUUGAAUGGGCUUGUGCCGAGCUGGGGGUUGACGAAGUUUUCCUCUUGUCGCGUCUCAGCAAGCCAACCAAUGAGCCUCCAUACGGCUCCACGCUAGCCCUUGAUCCGUCCAAAACACUGGACUCUGCACAAAAGCGCACUCUGAGUCGCGCUGCUUCAGAGAUUCCUGACGAAUUGAUUGGGUUCACACGCCUUCUUCUUCUCACUGGCCAUGGCUUCGAGCGGGCACAGAAAAAGGAAGCACUGCCCAAUGCUCGUCUGGAUGCUGUGGAAGAACUGGAUGCGAGCUGGCCAGGCUCUCCGCCGGUGGGAGCUGCGAUCGCUGUAUCGUCUGUGCUUUUGGACGCCUUGACGCUGCGCAUGAACAAGUAUCCUAUGUCUUGGGAAGACACUGCCGCCGCCUUAGCGUCAUCUUCGCUUUCAUCAGAAGAUCCAUGUCGCAUGGCCCUGGUAGUGCGUGCAGGUGAUCAAGCCAUUUUGCAAGAACACGCUGUCGUUUUCGACAUGGUAUUGGCCCAGGCACGUGCAGAGGCCGCCAAGUCUAGCAGCGGUAGCAGCAGUUCUAUGAAGAAGGCACGCAAGUAG